GAGAAAUAUCCGUCGGAACAACGCUGUAUCGGCCCGGAUGAUAUGGUGGCGAGCCCCCGCACCGAUCGACAUAAUAUUAGCACGUAUCUGCGGGGGAAUCGGCAUACACGGCAGGCAAGCGCAUGUCGGUACUGCUGAAAGGUAUAACUGCGAGAAUAAAACCUGAAUUCCAACCGAAUGUAACGUGGGAGUCGGCUCGUGAUUGAUUAGGGGUGGUAUUUAAGCGGCAUGUCUGCUGCUGGCCAAAGAGCCUUGACAAGCUGCAACUGAUUAACAAAGUACUACAACAAUGGCCAUCAUGAAGAACACGGUCCAGAUUGCAUCGACUCUGCUAGCCAUUGGCAGCGUCAAUGCCGCCGCAACACCAAAAGUAGACGAUGGAAAAUUGCCUACGCUGGGAUGGAACUCGUGGAACAUGUACCAUUGCGACAUUACUGAGGAAAAGUUUCUCUCUGCAGCGGAGAAGAUGAAGUCCACCGGUCUCCAAGCAGCCGGCUAUAACUACGUGAACAUCGACGAUUGCUGGUCUGAAAAGACUGGCCGAGUAGACGGACACAUUGCUGUCAACAAGACUCGUUUUCCCGACGGAAUUGAUGGACUGGCCACCAAGAUUCACGCCAUGGACUUUAAGUUUGGCAUCUACAGUACUGCUGGUGACUUGACAUGUGCUGGGUACCCGGCAAGUCUUGGCUAUGAAGAUGUUGACGCUGCCGACUUUGCCACAUGGGGUAUCGAUUUUUUGAAGUACGACAACUGCAAUGUCCCCCAAGACUGGCAAGAUCAGUAUGUAUACUGCAACUCUGACCAUGUCAAGACCGGGCCCAACGGAACCUGUACUCAGGCGCUAGACCCAAACCUUGCUCCUCCAGGUUACGAUUGGAGCAAGUCCAAGUCUGCUGAGCGCUUCAACCGCAUGCGCGAUGCCCUGGUCAAACAGAGCCGCAAGAUUCUGUACAACCUGUGCAUCUGGGGCACGGCGGAUGUCUUUGCUUGGGGCAAGGAGACAGCCAUUAGCUGGCGCAUGAGCGGCGAUAUUUCGCCCAACUGGGGAUCUGUCAUGAACAUCCUCAACAUCAACUCCUUCCACAUGAACACUGUCGACUUUUACAGCCACAACGAUGCAGACAUGCUUGAGGUUGGCAACGGUGACUUGACUCCCGCUGAGACACGCUCCCACUUUGCUCUCUGGGCAGCCAUGAAGUCGCCCCUCCUCAUCGGAACGGAUAUCAGCGUGCUCAGCCAAGCCAACAUUGACAUCCUCAAAAACAAGUAUCUGCUUGCCUUUAACCAGGAUGACAAAUUUGGAAAGCCUGCUGCGCCGUACAAAUGGGGUAUCAACCCGGACUGGACUUUCAACAAGACGCACCCCGCGGAGUUCUGGGCUGGUGAGUCGCAGAACGGCCACUUGGUACUCAUGGUGAACACGCUCGACCAAAAGACAACGAAGACGGCAGUGUGGUCUGAAGUUCCUGGCCUCAAGGGCAAGAAGCACAAAGUUACCGAUGUGUGGACGGGUAAGAGCCUAGGCUGUCUGUCUGAGUAUAAGACUGACGUUGAGUCUCACGACACUGCUGCCAUUCUCGUUGGGGCAGAGUGCAAGUGCUGAUUGAAUAUGAAGACGCUUCGUAUUUAGGCUAUUUUCGUACAUAAUGUUUUUCAGAUAGCGGUUUAUACUCGUGGAGCUGGAUAUAUUUCCCACCGUUUGAUACAGUCGGCAAGCUAAAGUUACAAGUAGUUCACUUAGCAAAGAAUUCUGCUUACCCUAACACUCGGAAGGCCCUAGACGAGAGGUACAGGCUAAUUGCAGCCUGUUUUGAGUUGCAGCAUGGCAACACACUGGUUCGCUUCAGCUCUGCCUGCUUCAAGUGUAGAUCCUACCCCAAUCCAAUAUAGC